UGGCGGCGAGGCCGGCGCCGGGCGGCGGAAGUGGCUACCGCGCUGGGACUGGAGUGUUUGUGUUUUGGUUAGCGAAGGAGCCGGCGGCCGGCCUGAGGGGAGGAGGGAGGAGGAGAAAGAUUUAGUGGGAACUCGAGCGCCGGCGGCGGCGGAGGAGGAAAAAGCAAAGAGGAAGGCGGAGCGGCGAGAGGCGGAGACGGAGACCGACGGGGGCGGCACCGCGGCAGGAGCCCCGCACCGUCCAGUCUGAGGGGAGCGGCGAGACGAGGAGACGCGCUGCCACCGCUGCCUCAGCCUUCUCUCGGGCUCCGCCUGGGACGUGCAGCCGGAAGCUUCGGCGCCGGGGCCCCGCGCGCUGCGAACUCAGGUUUCUCUACCUCCAGAAAGAAAAAUUGACACCUUGCAUCCUGGAAGUUCAUUUAAGAGACUGAAAUUAGGGACUUCUUUCAAGUUUGGGCAUGGCUAAUCGAGGAGCAACGAGACCCAAUGGGCCAAAUACUGGAAAUAAAAUAUGCCAGUUCAAAUUAGUACUUCUGGGAGAGUCUGCUGUUGGCAAAUCAAGCCUGGUGCUUCGUUUUGUGAAGGGCCAAUUUCAUGAAUUUCAAGAGAGUACCAUUGGGGCUGCUUUUCUAACCCAAACAGUGUGUCUUGAUGACACAACAGUAAAGUUUGAAAUAUGGGACACAGCUGGUCAAGAACGAUACCAUAGCCUAGCACCAAUGUACUACAGAGGAGCACAAGCAGCCAUAGUUGUAUAUGAUGUCACAAACGAGGAGUCCUUUGCCAGAGCCAAAAACUGGGUUAAAGAGCUUCAGAGGCAGGCCAGCCCUAACAUUGUUAUAGCUUUGUCAGGAAACAAGGCUGACCUCGCAAAUAAAAGAGCUGUCGAUUUCCAGGAAGCACAGUCCUAUGCAGAUGACAACAGUUUAUUAUUUAUGGAGACAUCAGCUAAAACUUCAAUGAAUGUAAAUGAAAUAUUCAUGGCAAUAGCUAAAAAGUUGCCGAAGAAUGAACCACAGAAUCCAGGAGCGAAUUCUGCCAGAGGAAGAGGAGUAGACCUUACUGAACCCACGCAGCCAACCAGGAGUCAGUGCUGUAGUAACUAAACCUCCAGUUUAAACUAACUGGAAUGUUCUUCUGCUUCCUAAUUGUUAAUAACAGUGGAAUUGGAGCAUUUAACCAGCCCAGUAUGACUUCCAAAAAGAAGAGACUUACGAUAGUCAAGUUUCUAAUACAGAAUUAUUUUAAGUGUUUUGAACUUAAUUUUUAAUAACAUGCAUGUGACCCUCUGACUUAUGUUUCAGCAGUGAAAGGGGAAAAUGAGAGCUGUGUGUACACUUAUUUCCUUGGAAUGUUAGUGGGACUCAUUUCUCUUCACCAGGGAUAUAAACAGAUGACUCUGAACCCACAGUUUACCAGCCAGUUCUGUGAAAAAGAUUUGGAACUUACUCAUUUGGGCUUUUCAAAAAACAUUCUUUCUUUGGAAGGAGGUUCUAAAGAUAUUUAUGCUUAGCUAUGAUAUUCAGGCCACCUGUAAUUUCUCUUAGUAUCCUUAUUUAAAGUACACAUUCCACAUUUUAACAAAUUAGCCACAAGGAAACAGUCCCACAUCUUCAGG